AUAUCCCUACCUUAACUCGUAGUAGAAAUUUGAUUGUAGCAAUGAUUACCUCAGACUUGAAAAUCAACUAUUUAGCGGGAAAAUUACAUUCUCCACUCUUGCCUCCCACUCUCCCCAUUCGCCUUCCUCACCACUCGCCGGCAGCCGCCGCCGCCGCCGCACUCACGAUGAAGAGAUGCCGGCAAUCAAAAUCCGUAGCAAAAGAGACAUUCGAUGUUGUUGACUUAGAAGAUAUCGGCUUCAGCAGAAACGAUAUUGAAGAAAUCAGGGCUUCUCUGCUACAAUGGUACGACGAGAAUCGAAGGGAUUUACCAUGGAGAAGGAUAAGCAGCAAAGAAAGUAAAGGUGGUGUUGAACAGAGGGAACGGAAGGCGUACGCUGUGUGGGUGUCUGAGGUGAUGCUUCAGCAAACUAGGGUUCAGACUGUCAUUGACUACUUCAAUCGAUGGAUGGAGAAAUGGCCUACAAUCCAUCAUCUUGCUCAGGCAACUAUUGAGGAGGUGAAUGAGACGUGGGCGGGUUUGGGCUACUACAGACGGGCCCGGUUUUUGCUUGAGGGAGCUCAAAUGAUUGUUGAAAGUGGAGGUGAGUUCCCAAAUACAGCAUCUUCUCUUCAGAUGGUCAAAGGGAUCGGAAGCUACACUGCAGGAGCAAUUGCAUCUAUUGCCUUUGAUGAGGCAGUACCAGUGGUCGAUGGAAAUGUAGUUAGAGUAGUUACCAGGUUGAAGGCCAUAUCGGCCAAUCCAAAAGACUCAAAAACAGUCAAGGAUAUAUGGGAACUGGCGAGGAAGUUAGUUGAUCCUUUGAGGCCUGGGGAUUUCAACCAGGCUGUCAUGGAACUUGGUGCAACAAUAUGCAGUCCAACAGCUCCGGGCUGCUCCCGAUGUCCUAUAUCCCCUCAGUGCCAAGCACUCUCUCUCUCCAUGAAGCAAGAAUCAGCUAAAGUGACAGACUAUCCAAUGAAGGUUGCAAAGGCCAAACAAAGACAUGAUUUCUCUGCUGUCAGUGUUGUGGAGAUAGUUGAGGAGGGAUCUCAAUCUGACAACAAAUAUCUUCUAGUUAAGAGACCAGAGGAGGGGUUGCUGGCUGGACUGUGGGAAUUCCCAUCAGUUCUAUUAGAGGGAGAAGCUGAUUUAACCUCACGAAGAAAAGCGAUCAAUAGUUUUUUGAAACAAUCAUUUGGUUUAGACAUGAGAAAGUCCUGCAAAGUAGUUUUAAGGGAAGAAGUCGGUGUAUAUGUGCAUGUAUUCUCACACAUUCGUCUCAAGAUGUACAUAGAGUUGCUAACUUUGCGCAUGACAGGUGGGACAGAUUCUAUACAGGAAAAGCAAGAAGAAAAUACAACUAUUAAAUGGAAAUACGUUGAUGAAAAGGCACUUUCAACUUUAGGGUUGACAUCUGGUGUAAGAAAGGCUUACACCAUGAUCCAGAAAUUCAAACAGGAUAAUAAGUCCAAAUCUGUCCCUGCAACUGCAAGAAAGAGAAGAGACAAAAAAUCAUCAAGUGUCACCCAUCUAAGUUACAAAUGAAACUCCUAUCAGUUCAACCUUUUGUCCCAAAGCAGUUACCAUCACUUUUGGAGAAACCUACCACAGAAAGAUGUAGAAUUGAAGGAUGUGUUGUUUCUCUGCUUCGUGGUUCCUUUCGUUGCUUCCACCACAUUUUUGCAAGGUAACAUCAGUCGCAGAGGUCAAAUACAAAUGUUCAUUCUGAACUAAUUGAGUUUAGUUUCUUGACAGAGUUAGCAUUGUGUGCCUCAUAGCUAGUUCGUAUCCAGCCUGAAGAAAUUCAUCAGAUUUUGAAGUUUUUGCUAUCAAUUCAUGAGUUGUAUGUUAGCAUUGUGAUGAAUUGUUUAGGUCACUCAUAUCACUGUUUAUCAUUGUUUCAUGUAUAUUGGAUCUGUAAACAUUGUUAUCAAAUGUAAUCAUAGAACAAUAUUUAGUU